AUGAUCAUUACACCGAUCCUAGACGAAACUGAAGAAUCUCAAUAUGAAUACCAUGUACGGACAACUCCAACUUCGCCUCCACCAGCUAAUGACGUCCAACUUCAAUCUAAUGAUACUGCGCAUCCAAAUGCAGCUGAUGGUGACGAUGCCGAGGAUGAAGCUACCAAAACAAGAACAGGGAGGAAGAGGUCCAUAACAGACAUAAGACAAGCGGUACUUACUCCGAGUAGAAAAAAAGAUGUGCGAAACCAGCUUACAACAUAUAAUUUUGAUCAAUCUGCCGCCAGGAAGGAGCUCGCUUACAUGAUAAUUCUACAUGAAUACCCGCUUUCCAUCGUCGAGCAUGAAGGAUUCAGAAGAUAUUCAAAUGCACUCCAACCACUGUUUAAGGUGGUAUCCCGAAACACCAUUAAAAAUGACAUUUUCAAAAUAUACGAUGAAGAAAAAGUUAAAAUAAUGCAGCUUUUAGAGAAACAUCAAGGAAAAAUUGCAUUAACCACUGAUAUGUGGACCACUAAACAAAAGAAAGGAUACAUGGUCAUUACAUCUCAUUUUAUCGAUGAUUCAUGGAUCCUACAAAGCCAAAUUAUCAGGUUUAUGUAUGUUCCAUGUCCACAUACAGCUGAGGUCCUCUCGGAAGCAUUGAUGGAAUGUCUGUUGGAUUGGAAUAUUGAUGGUAAGAUAUCUACUAUUACUGUUGAUAAUUGCACCACUAAUGAUCUUAUGAUCAAAAAUACCUUGGAAAAAUUGUCAAGUAACUCAUUACUAUUGGGUGGAGAUUUGUUUCAUAUGCGUUGUUGUGCGCACAUACUAGCUCUCAUAGUCAAGCAAGGAUUAGAAGGGAUUAAAGGGGCAAUCGAGUUGAUUCGUAAUAGUGUUUCUUACUGGAAAGCAACACCAAAACGAGUUGAAAAAUUCGAAGAGGCUGCUCGUCAGUUAAAUAUUGCAUGUACAAAUAAGCUAGUCCUUGAUUGUGAGACUAGAUGGAACUCUACAUAUAUGAUGCUUAAUAUUGCUAUUAAGUAUCAAAGGGUCUUCACUCGCCUAAAGCAACGAGAGCCACAAUAUAAGUAUUUGCCCGGUGAAGAAGAUUGGUCGUUCGCAAGGGAGAUGUGUGAUAAAUUGAAGAUAUUUUAUAACUUCAUGAAGAAGUUUUCUGGAGUAAAAUAUCCUACAACCAAUCUUUUUUUCCAAGUAUUUGUGAGAUUAGAUUGUCAUUGA